CCCUUGCUGUGAGGAAUUAGGAAAUAUUCCCCCGGUGAAAAUACACAGAGAUAUAUCCAAGACUCCUCACACCGUAAUCAGCUUUUAAGGCAGACAGACAAACAGCACCCAGGAUGAAGAAUCUUCUGCAGUGUGUGGCGCUCUGUGCCGUUGUCUCUCUCUGUAUCUGCUACGACUCUCAUGAAAGCACAGAGUCCCUUGAAGAUUUGUUUGUGAGCCCAAACCAAGCCAACUCUUUCAUAACGCCAUCGAGGGGCCAAGGAGGAAACCCCUUCAACUACUACAACUUGAUGAGGAAGGUGAAGUCUCCAGCAGAGAGGCGUGCAGAGAUCUGCGAGGACUACUCUCCCUGCCGCUUCUACGCUUAUCAAAACGGCUAUCAGCAGGCCUACCAGAGAUACUUUGGGGCCAGAAAUCCAGCCCAGAAUCCAGGCCAGAAUCCAUCCGCGGCCCGUCGAUACUAAGCAAAGUCUCAGUCUGGCUACUGCAAAAA